AUGGCAAAAUCCAACUAUCCACCAUAUGGGAUAGACUAUCCUGACGGUCCAACCGGCAGAUUCUCCAAUGGCCGGAAUACCCCAGAUUUUCUUGCCCAAUUCCUAGGUUUUGAUACCCCAAUUCCACCUUUUGCAUCUGCAAGAGGCUCAAAGAUCCUCAGAGGUGUAAAUUAUGCAUCAGGUGAAGCAGGAAUUCGUGAAGAGACGGGAUUCCAUGUGGGCGAUCGGAUCAGCUUGAAUAGACAGUUACUGAAUCACAAGACAACUAUAUCACAAUUUUCUCUUUUACUUGGAAGAAAUGUGGGUGCAAUAAAAGACUACCUUAACAAGUGUUUGUACAUAGUUAAUAUCGGUGUCAAUGAUUACAUUGCCAACUACUUUUUGCCACAAUACUACUCAACAAGUCUAGUAUAUACUCCCGAUCAGUUUGCAGCCAUCUUGAUUCAACAAUAUUCUCAACAGCUAAGGACCCUUUACAGCUAUGGAGCAAGAAAAAUUGCCAUAUUUGGGCUUGGUCGAUUGGGGUGCCUUCCACAAGAAUUGGCUAUGUAUCCACCUACAAAUGGAUCUUCAUGUGUGGAGCCCAUUAAUAAUGCAGUCCAGCUAUUCAAUAACAGACUGAAGCCCAUGAUUGAUGACCUCAAUAGCGAUUUACUAGACGCAAAAUUUAUCUACAUAAACAUUACCAGCAUUUCUUCAGGAGAUCCUUCAGCUAUUGGUAUUAAAGUUGUGAAUGCUCCAUGUUGUAUAGUAUCAACAACUUUUGCCAAGGGAUUUUGUGUUCGCGGAAAAGUUCCAUGUAAUAACAGGAAAGAAUAUAUGUUCUACGAUAAUAUUCACGACACAGAGAUUGUGAGUUUUGUCACGGCAACAAGAGCAUAUAAUGCAACAUUACCAGUCGAUGCCUAUCCAACGGAUAUAAGUAACCUAGCUUUGCAAUAA